AUGAUAGAGCCUGGAUUCACUCCAGCCUAUGAGGUUUGGAGGUCACAGAGAAUUAAUAACAAUACACCAAAGCCAAAUUUAGAAGACGAGUUGACUAUGGAGAAGCGAUUGAGGAGGCUCCCAACAGAGGCUGAAUUGUUAAAAGAGGAUAUGCGACUAAUGAAUCUGGAGAGAGAAAAAGUACAGAGAAACUUCUCAGAUGAGAAGACAAUGUGGGAGCUCGAGAUGAUUAAGAAGGAUGGAGUGAUAAAACAAUUAGCCAAAGACAAAGAGAAGGUUCAAGAGAGUUUUGAUGCACUAAGUCAAGAUUUUCGGGCCUUAGAGAAGAAUAUGAGAGCCCAGGGUCUACAUCAUACUGCUAAGACCCUAAAAAUAAAACUUGAUAGGGUAGAAAGAAGCGCAAGAAGAGGUCAAGAAGAAAAGAAGCGAGCCCUGCAGCACGCUCAAAAAAUGAGAGAGCAAAGAUAUGAGGCUAACCAAGAAUUGACACAGAAACGGGCACAGAUUGAACGGCUCGAAGCACAACUACUUAGUAUGGAUAAGACUUUUCACAGCGAUGUACUCCGUCUUCAAAAAGAAAAUGUGAUGUUGAAGAAAAUGAUAACAGAGUUAGAAGAAGCAAGGUUGAUCUACUCAUCUGCACAAGACGUAGCCAGGCAAGAGAAUGAGGCUUUAAAAGUUAAGAUUGCUGAACUAGAAGCUGCAGCUCAGGACACCAUUCAGAGGCAUCUUGAAGUAAUGGAAAGAGCAGUGAAUCAAGCCCGUGAUGUUGCUCGUCAAGUCUACGAGAUAUCUGAAGAAGCGACAGCUCUCAGAGUUUUUGUGAUCCCAAAUUCAGAGGAAGAGCGACGCAUCCUGGGGUUGAUGAUAGAGCUCGAGAGAUUAGGCGAUAGGGCAAGAUUCUACGUUUAA